GGUCGGCGUCGUGCGUUAGCCAAGGGGGUGGCCUUCUCCAGUGACCUUCUGACCUCACAGCCCCUGUGGCGGCUGGGAAACGGACCCUCGGUGCUGCGGCACAGGCCUGCUCCGGGCCGCCGGCUGCCGGAACAAGCCCGGCUGAAAGCGCGCGUGGUGGAUCGGGACACGGAGGCCUGGCAGCGGGACCCCAGCUUCUCGGGCCUGCAGAAGGUCGGGGGCGUGGACGUGUCCUUCGUGAAAGGGGACAGUGUCCGGGCCUGUGCUUCCUUGGUAGUGCUGAGCUACCCAGAGCUCAAGGUGGUGUAUGAGGACAGCCGCAUGGUUGGCCUGAAGGCCCCCUAUGUGUCAGGCUUCCUGGCCUUCCGAGAGGUCCCUUUCCUGGUAGAGUUGGUACAGCGGCUGCAAGAGAAGGAACCAGACCUCAUGCCCCAGGUCCUUCUUGUGGAUGGAAACGGGGUACUUCACCAACGAGGCUUCGGGGUGGCCUGCCACCUUGGUGUCCUUACAGAGCUGCCCUGCAUUGGGGUGGCCAAGAAGCUCCUGCAGGUGGACGGACUGGAGAACAAUGCCCUGCACAAGGAGAAGAUUGUGCUCCUGCAGGCUGGGGGAGACACAUUUCCUCUGAUAGGCAGCUCUGGGACUGUCCUGGGAAUGGCCCUGAGGAGCCAUGACCACAGCACCAAGCCCCUCUAUGUCUCUGUGGGCCACAGAAUAAGCCUGGAGGUCGCUGUGCGCCUCACCCACCACUGCUGUAGGUUCCGGAUCCCAGAACCUAUACGCCAGGCUGACAUCCGCUCUCGAGAGUACAUCCGGAGGACUCUAGGACACCUUGGGGUGUCUCCUGCACAGAGAAAGGACGGGAGCCAGAAGGAACAGAGGCCAAAUGCGUGCCCCCAAGGAGGCCCAGGAGCACCUGCAGAUCAAGGCAGGUCUCCCGAAUGCGACGGCAGAGACUCCAGCUCAGACCCGAAAGCCCCCGAACCAGGCUUCCAGGAGCAGAAGGACCAGCAGUUGGAGGGAACUGGGCAUCAGGAAGACUCGGACCUCUGGCCUCCUUCUCCAGCUUGGGAGACCUUCCCCAAGACACAGAAGUCAGGCCUGAUGCUGCUCAGCUUGGCACCUUCCAGCACUCAGACUCUCCUCAGCCUGGGCAGAGUGGCUGUGCGCCCCGGGGAGAGUAGCUCUCCAGGCUGCUGCACAGGCAGAGGCUGCCAGGGCUCUGCCCACUCCCCACAUACUGAGGAGCAGGCCAGAGCCUGAAAGUGGCCUUCUACACGACUUGUAUGUGAUUUGUUCUGAAAGAAAAUCCUUCCAGUCAUUAAAAUACAAUUUGUUUUGCACAGUGGAGUGUCUGGGGAGCCUGAGACCAGAGUCUCUGGGCAUGGGUUCAAGACAACCCUGAGGAACAUAGGCCUGAGACUUUGUCACAAAAAGGAUUCAUCACCGUGAGCAGGCAUUACCAUGCUUGCCUGCGCCAAAACAUACUAUUAGCUUCUAGUACUCGCCCUUCCCCACAAGGGCCUGCCAGCCCAGCUGCCCCGCUGCCUGUGUGUGGUCUGCCUGUUUGCAGCCUCCUUCAGUGGGCACCAUGUAUCACCACUUCACUCCGGGUUCUACAUUUGGUUUGUCCAGUCCUGAACUCCCAUAUGUAUGUCCUACAGAGCCUAUAUCAAGAGCUUCCCUGAACUGUUCCCAGUUCUCAUGGGUGCAUACCUCAGAGGUCCUAUAGUGACCCUAUGCCUAACUUUAUAGGAAACCCAGUGCCAAGGUGCUUCCCACAGGGGCAGCCCCUCCCACCACCCUGUCACCACCCCAAAGGCAUGUCUCCACCUUCCAGCGCUUUUGUUGCUGUGUCUUUGGAGUUGGCCAGCAGUGAGUAGGAAGGGACCUGGUGGGAGCUGGCUUGCCUUCUAGUGGUGAAUGGCUUCAGCACCUCUCUGCAUUGGCUGUUUGUCUAUAUUGGGAUGAACGCCUCUUUACAUCAUUUGUCUGUUGCCUGUGUUGGGGCAUAUGUGGAACUGGGUCAUUUGUAGUUGAGUGUCAAGUUCUUCCAGAUUUUAGGAGUUACUCUUAAAUUUAACGCAUUACUAUUUUCUUUUUUCUACCCGAGGUCACUAGAAAUAGCCCUACUUUGAGUCCUGCCUUUGGCAACCCCUGUCUCUUGCCUUGUCCAGCCAUGGUUCUCAGUGGCCUCCUGGAAUGACCUGGAGCAGUGGGAGCACAGGUUCCCUGCAGGGGACCCACAUGUGUCCCCAAAUUUAGAGGAGCAGGCUUCUACCACCUCUGCUCCACAGCCUUCCCUGCCUGUCCCCAAGCCACUAGCCAUGGCCCUUCCAGACACGACCAGGGGUAGGCAGAGCUCUGGCAUGGCCUUCGGACACAGCAGAAGCGUGGGAGCUCAGGACAGCAUGCAGCUAUCAGGGAGACUGGGAUGGAUGAGGUUCAGAGUGGCUCUGUGUCUCAAACAUGCUCAAGUUUAGUGCGUGGGGAUCCUGCCGGGCCUCUGCAUGCUUGGGAUACAGGCCAGUGCUGUGAUACCCUGCUACAUCAGUGGUGAUGGCAUGAGACCCUAACUCUCCAACCCGCACUCCAAGUGACAAGCUGUGGCAGCCUGGAUUUUACCUGGCUGAGCUGGUACAGGGUCCAGGGUCAGGGGGAUGCAAACUGAAGGAGCAGGGUGGAUAGAACAUGGAAUGUGGGCAAGUCUCGGGUGGGGCAUCCAGACACUGGUGCUUGAGGGCAGGGGGCCCUAAGUGCAGUGGCGUCUCAGCUCCUUCCCGCAGAACCUUAAAAAUAGGGCCACAGUGAUGUCCAUCUCAGCAGACCACAGCUCUCUAGAGCUAAGUAUAUUCUUGAACCUCUUAAUAAUUCAAGUCAGAUCCAAAUAGAUUUUCAUAUUCAUCUGCAGUUUCUGUGCCCCUUCCGAGCAUCCCCACCCCUGUCUGGCAGCUGGGAGAAUCUGGUGGCUUCCAGGGGGCCGCUGUGUCACUCAGGACCCCAGUCAUCCCCAUUUCCUGCUCAUGUGACAACCAGGAAUGGUGGACUGCCAGGGCUGGAGCCGCCUACUAUGAUCUAGCCAUGGCCAACCCUGAGGAGAGAGGCCCAAGCCAUCAUGGCUCCUACAUACCAGGCAGGUCAGGCUGGAGAACCUUGACCCUUCCUCAACACCUCAAGAGAGCCACUUGCUGUCUCCUGGCUUCUGGGGAGCCCACCUGCUCCUUAGACUCCAAUGGCUCCUACCUUGUCACACAGGAGUAUGCUGUCC